AUGGACUUCGUAACAGGGUUGCUUUCAGUGUUGCAUGGAAAAAAUGCUAUAUGGAGUCAGCAGAAAAGUUAUGCUGAUCCUCGUCGACGAGACUUGGAGUUUGGGAUAGGAGAUAGAAUAUUUCUAAGGAUUGCUUUGAUGAAAGGAGUUAUGAGGUUUGGAAAGAAGGGUAAGCCAAGCCCUAGGUACAUCGGUCCAUUCGAGAUACUGAAGAAGGUUGGUCUGGUUGCUUACAGGAUAACAUUACCCCCAGCUUUGUCUAGGAUCCACGACGUCUUUCACGUAUCGAUGUUGAGAAAGUACGUCUCAGGCCCUUUGCAUAUGUUAAGUUAUGAAUUCUUGGAAAUCAAAGACACCUUAUCCUAUGAGGAGGUACCAAUUCAUAUUUUAGAUCGGAAGGAACAAGAACUUCGUACUAAAAAGGUUCCAUUAGUGAAGGUGCUCUGGCGUAACCAUGCAAUGGAAGAAGUUUCAUGGGAGUUGGAAGAGGAAAUACGUCGGAAGUACCCGCAGCUAUUUAGCGAGACCCAACCCUAG